AUGCAAACUGUUAAAGACAGCCUAAACUACGUCGGUGACAAGGCCAGCGAGCUCACAAACACUGCUUCCAAAGAAGCUAACAAGGAUGUGGCGAAAGACAGCGACGCUAGCAUGGGUACCAGGGCAUCUGCUGCUAAAGAUGCAGUUGGUGACAAGAUGAAUGAGGCUAAAGAUGGUGCAUCGGCCACUGCUAACAAGGAAAAAGCUAAACAUUAG